AUGGAGGAGGAAGCGGACUCUCCGCUCCUACGCUUUCUGAUCGACCUUCUCAAGCCCAUAUCGGAGGCGGAUCCGGCGCUGCUGGCGAACUACGUGGUGGCGCUGCUGAGGAACAGCAAGCCGCACGACGAGUUGCGCCGCCUCUGCCUCGACCAGCUCCAGGAUUUCCUCACCGACGAAACCGAGGGUUUUGUAGCGAAGCUGUUCGACGCCCUCGAGCGCGGGGAGAUCUCGCUAGAAGACGCGGAGGAGGAGGACGCUGGGGCAGACGACGACGCGGACAAGAAGCGCAGCCGGGGGGACGACGCGGAACCCGCGGAAACGAAUGAGUCUGCGAGGGACGGGGGACGAGGCGGAGGGAGGAGCGGAGGUCGGCGGGGAGAUGGCGGGCAGCGGGUUGCGGAUGAGGAGGGGGGUAGGGGGAGAGGGGGAAAGAGAAGUGGCACGUCGCGAGAGAGGGGGGUGAGAGAGAGGGCAUCGGGCGAUGAGGAGAAGGAGCGGGACGAAGAUGGUAAAGUCGGGGAGAGGGGCGAGAGGGAACCUUAUCCCGCGGUUGAAGCGGAGGCGGAGGAGAGGGCGGAAGCAGGCGGGGAGGAGCGGGAGGAGGAGGAAGGGCGGCGGAAGCGGCACGAGGAGGACGAAUCGAGCGACGAUGACGACGAUAGGAACCACAAGCACAGGCGCAGAGGCGGCGAGCGCACGUUCCGCGACGAGGUCGCGGCAGGGGAAGGAGGGCGCAGCAGAGAUCCCGCGGAAGGGCGCGGUAGCGUGCACUCGCGCCUCGAGGGCGCGCGGGAUAGAAGAGGAGGUGACUUUAGCGGGGGUGGCGCAGGCAGAUCGUUCCGCAGCCGCGACGGCCCCCGUUCCUUCAGGCCGGGGGAUGGGAGCGGCAUGGGCGGAAGGGGCGGGCCCAUGGGGCGGGACUUUCCCCGCGUGGGGGGACCUGGUCCUGGGCAGCCGAUUCUAGGCCCACAAAUGGGCAUGCCGCGGUUCCCCAUGGGGGGAAUGCCGGGGGGAAUGGGGGGCCGUGGCGGCAUCCUCAGGGGCAUGCCUGGGCGCUUUGAUGGGGGCCCGGGGAGGGGCAUGGGGGGGGAGCAGUGGGGCAUGGGGGGCGCGGGCGGCGGAAUGCCUGGUAUGUUACCCGGACGGGUCGGGCCUGGGAUCCCUCCCCCCGGUCUCCCUGGUGCGCCUAUGCCUGGCGCGGGGAUCGCAGGGGCAGGACCGGGCAUGGGGAACGGCAUGGGCGGGGGCAUGGGGAGGGGGUUCUUCCCCGGGAGGGGCGGGGGAGGGGCUCCGGGGCUUAUCAGACCAGGGUUCGGCGCAGGGGGACCGGGGUUUGGAAUGUUCCCAGGGGGCGGGGGCGGGGGAGGGAUGCCGGGGAUGGGCGGAGGAAGGAUGGGCGCAGGCGGAGGGGGAGCGGGCGGGGCUGGACCAGGCGCGGAAGUGGGUGCAGGAAUGGGGGGCGGAGGGGGAGCAGGUCCGGGGGGGCCCAAGGGGAAGCGCGCGCGGUGCCCUGACUUUGAGGAGAAGGGGUUCUGUCUGAAGGGCGACCUGUGUCCGCUCGACCAUGGCAACUACCGCAUCGUUGUGGAAGACAUGCAGGUGAGACGGAGGGGUGUGUAG